AUGUCAUUGGAACAUGAUGAACAGAUGAUAGAUAGGUUAUCGUCUAACUUCCAGGAGGUUAAGAGUAAGGAGGAAAAAACUCUUGAAGAAUUACAGCUUUCGAAACAAGAAUUAAUGAAUAAGCAAAAUAGAGAAUUCCUCGAAGAAUUAUUCAAAGAUAAUGCAAGUACACCUGUAAAGAUUAAGAACAUACAAGUUACCAAUUCCCAAUCAUUCAGAAACAAUUUUCUUCAAACGCAACUCCAACCUUUGUUGUCUAAUAAUUUGUCUACAUUAACAAAGUUAACUGAGAACAUAGAUCAAGUAACUCAUAACUUUACUAAAUUGGGUCUUGUUGAAAAUUUGUUGGUGACAUUGAAUCCAAUACCGAAGACAUAUUUAAGUAGAGGCAAACCGUCUAUUGACAUUGUACCAAUUUUCAAUAUUAUACCAGUGAAGCGUUUUUAUGCUAAAACUGGUACAAACAUAGGAAAUGGCGAAGGUGAUGGGUAUAUUCAAUUUCAAAUCAAAAAUAUUUUUGGUGGGGCAGAAAACCUUACGUUUGAUGCUAUUACUGGUACAAGAACACAAUCGUCUUAUUUGCUUAAUUAUAAUCAACCAAUUUUUAAUAAUGCAAAUUAUAUCUGGGAAAACUUGGCGUACCUCAAUGUUAAAAAAUUGCACUGGUUGAAUAGUGACCUUGAUGUUAAAGGAAUGACUAACAAGAUAUACACACAAUAUAAACUGCCUAUAAACCACGAAUUAAUUUUUGAGAAUUGUUGGAGAUGUUUGACAAAUAAUCAAUCAAAGUCUCUAGAUGUUUUAAACCAACUGGGUAAUAACUUCAAGUCAUCAAUAAUGUAUAACUGGAGAUAUGAAUCUAGAAAUAAUAUUCAUUUGCCUACCAGUGGUAAAUUUCUCAGAUUAGGUAUUGAAUAUUCUGGUUUAUGGAGUUUCAACUCUUCACAUUUUAUCAAGUCAGUAAUGGAAUCUCAAUUUGCUUAUAAACUUAACAAAUACCAUUCAAUUAUCAUGUCUUGUAAGUCAGGUUUAAUAUUUUCUAAGGAUAAUGCAACUCCUUUAUUAGAUAGGUUCUAUAUUGGUGGACCAAAUGAUGUAAGGGCUUUCACGUUAAAUGGUUUAGGACCUAAAAACUAUAAUUCAUCUAUCGGAGGUGAUGUCUUCCUUAAUGGAGGUUUAUCACUUAUUUCCAAAUUUCCAAGAGUAAGUGAUGACUCUAAUUUUAAGAUUCAUAAUUUUAUUAAUUUUGGCAAAUUAUUACCCCUAGACAAAUCUAAAACAUCUAUGGAGACAAUUAAGAAUUUGACUACUGAAUUCUCGAUUGGAUAUGGUUUUGGUGUUCUUUAUAACCAUCCAAUGGCAAGAUUUGAAUUGAAUUUUGUUUUACCUAUUGCUUCGCACGAGAGAGAUUAUAUACGGAAAGGCUUGCAAUAUGGUAUUGGUAUUUCCUUUUUAUAA